UUGGGGGAUGGGUAUUGUACGAAUCGUCAGCAGAGACGAAUAACGUUUGAAAAAUGUCCAACAUCCUCGAUGCGGCGUCCAAAGCGAAAUGGGACCGCGCGGCUGCGGCGAAGCGGGUCGUGUACAUUGCGGCGGCCGCUUACGGCGUCAAAACACUGUACCCCAUCCUCUGCAAGCAGCUCUGCAGGAGCAGAGAUCCCGGGGACGAUCGCCGGCUCUCCAAGGCGGAGAACGGCUCGGCCUGCUCAGGGAACUCCCCGACGGACGCCGCGGAGCCGAAGACCGUGUCCCCGGGGGUGAACGCGGAAUUUUUCAAGCAGAUCCUCGAACUUGGGAAAAUCCUCUUCCCGAAGCUUGUAUCCAAAGAGCUCGGCUUGCUGUCCUUGCACUCGGUGGCGCUCGUAUCCCGGACGUUCCUCUCUAUAUACGUGGCCAGCCUGGACGGCAAGAUUGUCAAGACGAUCGUGGAGAAGAAGCCCAAGCGCUUCGUCAUCCAGCUGAUCAAAUGGCUCCUCAUCGCCAUCCCCGCCACGUUCGUCAACAGCGCCAUCCGGUACCUGGAGUGCAAACUGGCUCUGGCCUUCCGGACCAGGCUGGUGAACCAUGCCUACCGGACCUACUUCACCGAUCAGACCUACUACAAAGUCAGCAACAUGGACGGGAGGCUCGCCAACCCGGACCAGUCUCUCACCGAGGACGUGAUGAUGUUUUCCCAGUCGGUGGCCCACCUCUACUCCAACCUCACCAAGCCCAUACUGGACGUGGUGCUGACGUCCUACACGCUGAUCCAGACCGCCAGGUCCCGGGGCGCCAACGCCAGCGGGCCGACGCUGCUGGCCGGGCUGGUGGUGUUUGCCACGGCCAAGGUGCUGCGCGCGUGCUCGCCCAGGUUCGGCAAGCUGGUGGCGGAGGAGGCGCACAGGAAGGGCUACCUGCGCUAUGUGCACUCCAGGAUCAUUGCAAAUGCUGAGGAGAUCGCUUUCUACAGGGGGCACAAGGUGGAGAUGCGGCAGCUGCAGAAGUGCUACCGGGCCCUGGCGGAGCAGAUGAACCUGAUCCUGUCCAAGCGCCUGUGGUACAUCAUGAUCGAGCAGUUCCUCAUGAAGUACGUGUGGAGCAGCAGCGGCCUGGUGAUGGUGGCCGUGCCCAUCAUCACGGCCACCGGCUUCGCCGACAACGAAACUGCAGACGGACAGACGCAGGUGUUGGUGAGCGAGAGGACCGAGGCCUUCACCACGGCCCGGAACCUUCUGGCCUCCGGAGCCGACGCCAUCGAGAGGAUCAUGUCCUCCUACAAAGAGGUCACAGAGCUGGCAGGCUACACCGCCCGAGUCCACGACAUGUUUGUGGUGUUCGAGGACGUCCAGAGGGGGGUUUACAAGCGCUCCUCUCUGUCGGCCACCGCAGGAGCAGAGAAGACGAGCAAACCUGAGAUGCACAUAGACGGACCCCUGGAGAUAAAGGGUGAAGUGAUCGACGUGGACAACGGCAUUGUGUGCGAAAACGUCCCAAUCAUCACACCCAAUGGAGACGUCGUGGUGUCUUGCCUGAACUUCAAGGUCGAGGAGUGCAUGCACCUGCUGAUCACGGGGCCCAACGGUUGUGGGAAGAGCUCUCUGUUCAGGAUCCUCAGUGGCCUGUGGCCCGUCUAUGGCGGCCGGCUGCACAAACCCUCCCCUCAGCACAUGUUCUACAUCCCUCAGAGGCCUUACAUGUCCAUAGGUUCACUAAGGGACCAGGUGAUCUACCCAGACUCUGUGGAGGACAUGGCUGCUAGAGGCCUGAGCGACAGGGACCUGGAGGCCAUCUUGGACAUCGUCAACCUGAAUCAAAUAGUCACCAGAGAGGGAGGCUGGGAUGCUGAGCUGGACUGGAAGGACGUGCUGUCAGGAGGCGAGAAGCAGAGGAUGGGCAUGGCUCGCAUGUUCUACCACAGGCCUAAAUAUGCCCUGUUGGAUGAGUGCACCAGUGCUGUGAGCAUUGACGUAGAGGGAAAGAUCUUCCAGGCCGCCAAGGACGCCGGCAUCUCCCUGCUCUCCAUCACACACAGACCGUCCCUGUGGAAGUACCACACCCACCUGCUGCAGUUCGACGGUGAGGGGGGGUGGCGCUUCGAGCAGCUGGACACGGCGACGCGCCUCUCCCUCACCGAGGAGAAGCAGCGGCUGGAGUCCCAGCUGGCCGGCAUUCCCAAAAUGCAGCAUCGCCUCAACGAGCUGUGCAAGAUCCUGGGAGACGACUCGGUCCUCAAAACAGCCGAGGAGUGAGGGAGGGAGGGAGGAAGCGAGGGGGGGGAAAGGGGCCCAGAGGGCAGAGGAGACAAGGGGGAAAGGCCGACGAGUGUGGGAGGCGCUCUGGAGGGGGUUGAUUCUGUUUUUCAAGGCUUGGAUUUUUUUUUUCCCUUUUUCGCCUUCUCUCUAUUUGCUCCAAGUGUCUCCUGCUUUUCAUGCCUGCCAGUCUUUCAGCCCCACUCUCUCUGUUGGAGAAAGGAGGCGGGCAGGUGGAAGGAACAGCACAGCAGCCGCUUUAGCAAAGCUCACAUCUUGAAGCAUUUCAUUUUGGCGCUCACCAGUUUCGAAAAGUGAAUGUGGCAGAAUUCACUCAUCCAGGCUUACUAGAACCACUGCACUUUACUGUGCAUUUAGAGGGCGCCUUCCUUUUGUUCAGAGCAUAGAACCACUAAAUAAUGUCCACAGCAGUAUUUCACAGAACCCGGCGUAUUGGGUCGUGCUUUGUUUUUACCUCUUUUUUUCUUGAGCUGAAGACAUUUCCAGAAUGUCCCCACAUGCUUUCAUUCGGUCUGUGCUUUAGCCGCAGUCCAAUCCCUUCCUGUUACCUCUGACUGCAGGCGCUGAAAGUACAGUUCCACGCACAGCCUGACAUUUAUUAUGAGACCAAUGAAUGAGGCGCAUCUAGCUCUGAGCGUGUCGGCUCACGCUUUAUUGAACAGAUACAAUAGCUGGAAAGAGGCUCCCUUCAAAGGAGGAGGAGCCGGCUGGAGGUCCGGCCUGCCUCUGAGCAUACACAGUGUGCUACACAUGCUACGGUGUGAUAGGUAUUCGCUGAGUGCCGCUGUUGAAUGCACUUGAUACUUGACAAUGAAAUGUUACAACGGCAAUCAAACAGCUCAAUCAGUUCCAUGAUGACAGAACAUAUAAUAACAUUACAUGCCAUAUUAUUGUGUGCUAUAUGAGGCCUUAUUAGUUUACCAGGGUAGGACGGUUUACAGAAGCUGGUAGUGGUUGAUUUCUGGCUCAGAGGCACUUCAGCAGUGAAGGCCUCUUGACUAAUGGCUCACACUUUUUCCUGUUUUCGUCUCCGUGUUUGCUGCCAGCAACUUACACAAAGUUGUGAUACUGUGAACUUGAUUUGUUUUGUUAUGGACGACUAGUGAACGCUGUGUCCUCAUGGUUCUGGCUACUUAGGUUGACGUGACAUAGCUGCAUAAAGGCGACUGAGGACAGUUAUCUGGACGGACUCCCGCCUCAUGGGGUGGGAUCGUGCUGUUCAUUCGUGGAAAGAGCUCAACAUAGUUUUAUAUGUGGUUACAUUCAUUUAAGUGAAAGCUUUCUACUAACAUGAAAACUGAAAACUCCCCAAGUUGAAUUUGAAUGAAUGAUUCCCCAGAAGAAUUACUUUAAUUUUUUGUUCCAGUUGUCAAUUAGAAGCAUGUAUAUAGUGAAAUUCCUUAUAAAUAGCAUGAACAUGACACUAUUUUGGUAAUAUGCCUCCAUUAUGGGAGGGCUGCGCUGUGUUUCAGGCCACAUCUCAGCUUGUUAUUGUCUGCAAACUAAACAGGAGCGUAUUUCUAUAACCUUGGUUUAUAACUGCGUCUGCUGCUGUGUUUUUACAAACGCAUGUCUAGGUUCUGAGACGUCCUCAGGCCCUUUGUUAAUCUGAGCUUUGGCUGCGUCAAAGAUGUCUAAAAGUGCAAGAUAUUUUACAAUCGAUCCUGAUAUUUAAACCUUUUUAAACUUCUUGUGCUUUUAGUAGAUUGUUUAAAUGAAUGACUGGAUGCAGCAUUUGUCUGCUCAGUUACUGAAGGACAAACUUAGACUCACCAACCCCCAAAUGUGACUAAAGAAGAAAAGUAACAAAUUAAAGUAAAAUGUUCACAGUUUCUUUUAAUAUUUAAUGGAAUGAUGAUUAGGAUGCUCUGUGGGGACUGCACAAAAACAAUCCACACUUUGGUCUGUAAGAAAGCGUGCCUUCUUCAGACCCACAGCUUGCCGUGCUACUAGAAACCCUCUAGUAGGAGCACAGCAAGCCUUGAGUUUCUGACCUGGACUACAUAAUCCUCUGUGCCAUCAGUCAGGCUCUGUUGACAGGAGGUCAGGCGAACCACUGAAUGACACAGAGUUUGUCGAGUGACACUGGAACUCGAGGUCAGUUUGGAAAGCGGCACAUAGUGCCUGAUAUACACAGGCAUGAGCUUAACUUUAAUAACUAGAAAGUAAGAAAAGCAGUAGUUGCAUCCUGAAUGGACGGGAUGAGAAAUGAUGAAGUGGCCACUGCUUAGAGGCAGGGAUUACUACUUCUCAUAGUAGUUAUGAACUACUAGUUAUGAACUAUGACCUACAUCCUAAAUCUGUCAAUCAAAUGAUCUAAAAUGAAUAGUUGUGUGCUCUAAGUUGCUACAAACAUCUGUGGUUUAAAGCCACUUUAAAUUUAUUUGGGUCUUGUCCUAAAUUAACAAAUUUUUACAUCUAUCACAGGUUAAUUAAUUUAUAAAUUGACUUUAUCACCUGUGGCAUUUCAUCAUUUCUUGUCUCUCAUGCUUGUCGGUAAAGUCAGGCCCAUAGUGGCCUACCGCACUGUAUGAUCCCACUAUAUACUGUAAUGACAUCCUUACUAACAGAACUUUGAUACUGAAACUUUCUCAUUCUAUCAUCCCCUUUUGUAAGUAAGAGAUUGAAUGUAUCCGCCAUGUAUGACAGAGCAAAUCUUUAGGUUACAUAUAUUGAUAAUACAUGUUGUCAGGUCAUACAAGUUUCUAUUUUUAUGUGUGAUCAUUUAGACUUUUAUAAUUGUGUUACCAAUGUAUUUAAUGCCACAUUGUGGUGUACAUGUGGUGUGUGAACUGGGAUUAUGGGAAAGAUAAUUGUUUCUCAAUUUGGUUCUUUCAUUUCACUUUAUUCCAGUGGUGUAGGACAGUUAACUCAGUAUUUAUGAAAGGCUGGGGAAGUGUUAUUCACAUUUUUGAGAUACUGACUAGACUGUCCUGAACCACAGCCUCAACAAGCAGUGAUUCUCCCUCAAAGCCAGGGAUUACUACAGUUUGCUUUUACUAUGAUCUCCUUGUAAGACUCUGUUUUAUAUUUCUGUAAUGGUAGUCUAAACCUUCUUUAUUACGAUCUCAUUGUGCAUGUGUAGGAAUCUGUAUCUUUUAACCAUGGAACAAAAAAGUCACCUGUUCAAAACUCAUGUGCUACGGUCACUUUACGUUGAAAGAUGAAGAUGUAUUUUCUUGUAAAUAAAGAAAUAUACACAACAACUGCAAACAAUGA